AUGUUAUAAGAAAAAGAUAGCAAGCAAUCCUAUCUCAUAAAAUAACCGUUAUAAAAAACUUGGGUAUUGUGGUUGGCUUUGGGCUUGGCUUGCUUCUUACUUUUUGGAGAUGCAUACGCUUUCGAUAAUCCCAUGGCCUUGCAAUCCACAAUCCAAAGCGAAAUGAAUUUGAACAAUGUGCAAUUUAAUAUGCUUUAUUCCAUCUACUCAGCUCCAAACAUCAUACUACCAUUCUUCGGAGGCAUCCUGAUAGACAAGAUUGGAGUCAGAAUUAGCAUACUCAUCUUUUCAUCAAUAUUGAUCUUGGGUCAAGCAGUAGUUGUGAUUGGAGGAUACACAUUAUCAUAUGGCACUAUGUUAGCAGGUAGAUGCAUAUUUGGCAUUGGAUCUGAGAGUUUGAAUGCUGCCUAAGCUGCAAUUAUGUCAUAAUGGUUUUAAGGAGGUUAAGUGAGUUUAGCAUUGGGAUUAUGUUUAUCAAUACCUAAAUUAGGUAGUGCAAUGAAUAGUUUGGUCAGUCCUAUCAUCCAGGCCAAACAUGACAAUUUGGGAUUCACUUUUUUGAUUGGCUUAUUCAUAGUAAUAUUUUCAUGGGGAUGUGGUUUAGCACUUAUUUAUUUAGAUAAGAAGAAUGAGGAAUUAAUGGAGAUUUGGAAAUAAAAUAAUCUUGAAUAAGAGAAGAAAGAAGAAAAGAAGGAAGAAAUAAUGCAAUAAGAAAUGAGUUUAUAAAUUAAGAAGAGUGAAACUACUGAGAGUGAUCGUUCUGAAUCCUUACUUAAUGAUGAUGAUGACGAUGAUGAAAACGAUGAUGACGAUGAAGAGGAGCAGGAGAGUGCUCAUGAAGCUAAGGAGGAAAUCAAGUUAUCAGAUCUAAAAAACCUAGAUGGUUCCUAUUGGAUUUUAUCAUGCAUCAUUAUGUUGAGUGAAGCAUUGUUUGUUCCUUUCUUAGAUAAUGGAAAUGCAUUCUUCCAAAUUAAAUUUGGGUUUAGUUAACAAUCAGCAGGUGUUUUACUCACCAUACCCUAUGUUUUUGCAGCUUGUGUAACCCCAUUUGUUGGAAUCUAUAGUGAUAAAAUCAGAUAACGAUCUCUCCUCAUUGUGUUGACUACUGUCAUAUUCAUAGUUACUCAUUUGUGUUUACUACUCAUAUAUUGUGAUACUGCCUGUGGAGUUUCCGCAUUACCAUUGCUUUCGUUGGGAAUAUGUUAUUCAUUUUAUUCUGCCAUAUUGAUUCCCUCUAUUCCUCUUGUGGUCAAGGCUUAAAUGAUAGGUACUGCAUUUGGAUUGUUAGGAGUUAUGUAAAAUACUGCCUUGGCUUUAUUUCCAUUGAUAACUGGCAGCAUCUACAAUAGUCAUCUCAUAAAUGAACAAGGGGAAGUGGAUCCUUUCCAGGGAUAUGUAUAUUAAUCUUAUUUUUUUGUUGGUGUCAGUUGUUUUAAUUUUGUGAUUGCAAUAAGUCUUUAUUUGUUUGAUAAAAAUGGGAGCAAAAAGUUAAGUCGAUUAAAGUCAAAGAGCAAAUGA